AUGUUCGCCUUAUCGCGCCGUUUGGCAAGCGGCAAGUCUAUCGAGUUUGGCGGAGAGGCGCGGCAGCUGAUACUAUCUGGUAUCGAGCGCAUCGCCACUGCCGUCGGAGUAACGCUCGGCCCCAAGGGCCGGAACGUGAUAAUUCGGCAACCGGACGGGGAGCCAAAGAUCACCAAAGACGGCGUCACAGUAGCCCGCUCGAUCGAGUUUCACGACCAGUUCGAGGACGUCGGGGCGAAGUUGAUCCGACAGGUGGCCAACAAAACCAACGAUGUGGCGGGCGAUGGCACGACGACGGCGACCAUUCUCGCCUGGAGCAUCUUCGCCGAGGGCUACAAGAGUGUCGCAACCGGGGCGAACCCGAUGGACCUCAAGCGCGGCAUCGACGCGGCUGUUGAAAUUAUCCUUGAUGACCUGGCAGCGCAGACCCGCCCGGUCAAGGACUUCGCCAUGCUUGAGAACGUGGCCACCAUCAGCGCGAACGGCGAGCGACCCCUCGGCACUCUCAUUGCGCAGGCGGUGCAGGCGGUCGGCGUGAAGGGCUUUGUGUCUGUACUGGAUGGAAAGGCGGCCACAACGGAGUGGUCGAGAUACGAUGGCUGGAGCACCGAGCACGGCUUUCUUUCCAGCGCCCUCAUGACCGACAGAGCCAACCUGCGCAGCAGGCUGGACAACCCGCUACUCUUUGUCACUGCGCAGCCGCUGGAGGCGGUGCAGGAUGUGGUACGGCUGUUGGGGGCGGCACGGGCGCAGCAGCGACCGUUGGUGCUGAUUGGUCCCUCUUUUGCCAACCCGGUGCUGCAGACGAUCAUCCUGAAUCACGAAUGUGGCGUCGUUCAGUGUGGUGUGGUGUGUGCCCCAGAGUUGAAGGAGGAAGAGCUGCACGACGUUGCCUCCUCCUGCCAGUGCAACGUGGAGAAGGUCAGCUCCGUCGGGUACGUGGAGGACGUGAAAUGCCUGCUCGGGUCCGCAAAACACAUGGAGCAGACCAUGGACAACACUGUCGUGUGCGGCACGGGCGACACGUCAGCGCGAGUCCGGCUGCUGCAGAGCCGGCUGGAGCGUCUCAUGACCGAGGAAAGCCGCGAGGCCAUGCGGGAGCGCAUCUCGAAACUAAAUUGCACCCACGCCGUCAUCCGUGUGGGUGGUCGCUCCGCAAUCGAAGUGAGCGAGUCGAAGGAUCGAGUGCUGGACGCGCUGAAUGCGGCCCGCAACGCGCUCGGCGAAGGCAUCGUGGCUGGUGGCGGCGCGGCUCUCCUGCACGCCUCGAAGAAGCUCGACGAACUCUUGCUUAACGACGAGGAGAUGGAGCAGGACCGCCGCACUGGCAUUCAGAUUGUGCGCAACGCCAUUCGCCUUCCCCUGAAGAAGAUCAGUGAAAACGCCGGUGAGGAGGGCGCUGUGAUAGUCGAGAACGUGGCUGAGUAUCAAGAGACGUCCAUGGGAUACGACGCGCAACAUAGCACGUACGUGGACAUGUUUGAAGCCGGCAUUGUCGACCCUGUCCAGGUGGUGCGGUCGUGCGUCGUCGAUGCCGCCUCGGUUGCUGGAUUGAUGAUUACGACCGAGGCGAGCGUGUGUGACUACCGCCCGACACCCGACAAGCGUCGCAAGUGA